GAGGCAGUCUCUAACUCUAGCCCAAUGAGCCCUCAGCCCCUCACACACACACACACACACUCAGCGCUGGCUCAGGCUCCGCUUCAACAGAGUCGGAGAGGGACAGUAAGAGCGAGGGAGUGAGAUAGGAAGAGAGUGGGAGAUUGGUAGUGUGUGUGUGUGUAUGCCUGUGUAUGUGUGUGUGUGUGUGUGUGUGUGAGCGCCAUGGCUUCAGAUCCAGGGCUUGUAGCACUGUUUCUAUGGACUAUAUCAGUACAGGCACUGGGCACCACCGGAAACAACCAGAACAAUGAAGUGAAUCUACUUGACACGUCCUCGAUAUCAGGAGACUGGGGCUGGCUAACAUCUCCCUCACAUGGGGUAAGAUGUGUCUCUCAAAAGUGGGAUGCGAUAAAUGAGAUGGAUGAGUAUUUCAGUCCCAUCCACACGUACCAGGUGUGUAACGUGAUGAGUCCCAGUCAGAACAACUGGUUGAGGACGGGCUGGAUCCCUCGUGACGGAGCCAGGAGGAUCUACAUUGAACUCAAGUUCACCCUGCGAGACUGCAACAGCAUGCCUGGUGUACUGGGCACCUGCAAGGAGACAUUUAACCUGUACUACUAUGAGUCCGACCGAGCUGUGGGUGCAGCCAUUGUAGAGACCCAGUUCAUCAAGAUCGACACUAUUGCUGCUGAUGAGAGCUUCACUGGAGUGGACCUGGGAGUCAGGAGGCUUAAACUCAACACUGAGGUGAGAGGUGUGGGCCCACUCACUAGACGAGGCUUCUACCUAGCCUUCCAGGACAUCGGGGCGUGCAUAGCCCUAACCUCGGUCAGGGUGUACUACAAACGCUGCUCCAGUGUGGGCCGCAACCUGGCCAUGUUCACCGACGUGGUAACUGGCGCUGACUCCUCCUCCCUGGUGGAGGUCAGGGGUCAAUGUGUGGACCAUGCCGAGGAGAGAGACACGCCCAAGAUGUACUGCAGCGCUGAGGGAGAGUGGUUGGUGCCCAUCGGGAGGUGUGUCUGCAGCGCAGGUUUUGAGGAACACAGAGAGUCCUGUGUCGCCUGUGAGGUGGGUUACUAUAAGCCUGUUGCAGGUGAUGGGUUAUGUGGGAAGUGUCCUUUACACAGCCACUCAGAGACAAGAGCUGCGCUCUCCUGCCCCUGUGAUUCCAGUCAUUACAGGGCUCCCACAGACCCACCUACUGCCCCCUGCACACGCCCCCCAUCGGCUCCGGUAAAUGUGAUAUCAUCGGUUAAUGGGACCUCAGUGAAUCUGGAGUGGGGAAGACCUCUGGACAUGGGUGGCCGUACUGACCUGCUGUACAGUGUGCUCUGUCAGAAGUGUUCUGCAGAAGGGGGGCAGUGUGAAGACUGCAUGGCAGGUUUGGGGACACCGAGUGGGGGAACAGGAGGAGGGGGUGGAGGGACGGUGGAGCGGUCGGGUGUAGUCCCGGUGCGUUUCGUUCCCCAGCAGAACUCACUGACUGAACCCUGGGUGACUGUUCUAAACCUGGUUGCCCACGCCAACUACACAUUCCGUAUCCUAGCGAUGAACGCGGUGACACUUCAGAGCAACUUGCCACCACCCUUUACCUCUGUGAACAUCACCACGAACCAGGCAGCCCCCUCCCAAGUGAUGGCAAUUCGCCAGGAAAAUGCCAGUCAGAACAGUGUCACUCUGCUGUGGCAUGAACCGGACCAGCCCAAUGGAGUCAUACUGGAGUACGAUAUUAAAUACUACGAGAAGGAUAAGGAGCAGCAGAGCUACUCCACUCUGAAGGCCAAGGGGACCUCAGCCCGGGUGUCUGGCCUGAAGCCUGGUACAAGGUAUAUCUUUCAGAUCCGGGCAAGAACCUCAGCAGGCUGUGGAAGGUUCAGCCAAAACGUGGAGAUACAGACUGGGAAAGCAAUUCCUCUGCGCUAUGACACUAUGACCAUCAUCUGGAUCUGUAUGGCCCUGGUCUCUGGCCUUGUGACCUUCCUGGCCAUCGUCAUCUGCAGGAAACGGCAAGGCAACCCUUUCUUACACUACACCACUACCCCUGAUGUGGAUGAGUCCUCUCUGACUCUACGUCACUCAUUUACACACUGUGGCUAUAGCAAGGCCUUCCAGGACUCAGAUGAGGAGAAGAUGCACUACCAGAACGGUCAUGUGUCAUUCCCUGACACACGCUUCUACAUCGACCCGCACACCUACGAAGACCCCUGCCAGGCCGUCCAUGAGUUUGCCAGAGAAAUUGAAGCUUCCAGGAUCAAAAUAGAGAAAAUCAUUGGCUCAGGUGAAUUUGGGGAAGUGUGUUAUGGGCGGAUGCGUCUCCCAGGGAAGAGAGACAUUCCAGUGGCUCUGAAGACGCUGAAGGCAGGAUACACUGACAAGCAGAGGAGGGACUUCCUGGCAGAGGCAUCAAUCAUGGCCCAGUUUGACCAUCCCAAUGUCAUUCACCUGGAGGGAGUGGUUACACGCAGUAAACCAGUCAUGAUCAUCACUGAGUACAUGGAGAACGGAUCAUUGGACUCUUUCCUGAGGAGACAUGAUGGUCAGUUCACCAUAAUCCAGCUGGUGGGAGUACUCCGUGGCAUUGCGGCGGGUAUGACUUACCUGGCAGAUCUGGGUUACAUACACCGUGACCUGGCAGCUCGUAACAUCCUGGUCAACAGCAACCUGGUGUGUAAGGUGUCUGACUUUGGCUUGUCCAGAGUCCUGGAGGAUGACCCCGAUGCAGCAUACACCACCAGCGGAGGCAAGAUUCCCAUUCGCUGGACGGCCCCAGAGGCCAUCGCCUACAGGAAGUUCUCCUCCUCCAGUGAUGUGUGGAGCUACGGCGUGGUCAUGUGGGAAGUCAUGUCCUAUGGAGAGAGGCCAUACUGGAAUCUCACCAACAGAGAUGUCAUUAAGUCAGUAGAGGAGGGCUACAGGCUACCUGCUCCUAUGGGGUGUCCCGGUGCCCUACACACUCUCAUGUUGGACUGCUGGCAGAAGGACCGCAAUGAAAGGCCCCGGUUCUGCCAAAUUGUUACGGUUCUUGACAAGCUGAUCCGAAACCCGGAGAACCUCAAGUCCAUGGACACGCUGUGCAGGUUAGGCACACCUCCCAUGAUGGACAAAUGUAUCCCAGACUUCAGCAGCUGUAAUUCUGUGGAUGAGUGGCUGGACACCAUCAAGAUGGGCCGAUAUAAGGAGCACUUUGCUGCAGGGGGCUACCGGACUCUGGGCCACGUCAUAGGCAUGAACCAAGGGGACAUCAGCCGGCUUGGUGUGACACUGAUGGGUCAUCAAAAGAAGAUCAUGACCAGUGUUCAGCUGAUGCGUGCCCAGGUACUCAACAGGAGCGUGCCCUCAGUGCACAUAUAACGUCAGCCUCCAGGUUUCUCCAGCCGGCCAUCUGUCAAAAUGAGCACCAAGCUUCUAUGACUAUCAGAGAAACUGUAAGAGGAGUGUCUGGGUGACAUUUUCGUGAACUUUUUUCGAGACGUCUUCUUUGCGAGAUCGACAAAGAGGAUCGAUGGAAAGGGACUUGAGUACACUACAGUCCACGGGAAAGGUUAAUCUAUGUUUUUCCUAUCCAGAUACGUUUUAUGAGUUAUUUGUCUUGUUUGUAAAAAUUGAAGGACUGCCUUAAUCUCCACAAAUGAUUUACAUGUUGUUGUAUACAAAGAGAGGUUUUAUGAAAAUUAAUUUAUCAGAAGUAUAUGUGAAAAUCGAUCUAAGUGAUGUGUUAUAAUGGAUCUGGGUAAGAGAGAGACUGACCAGGGCUGGAGCACUUCCGUGUGUCCGCCCUACAGCACACAGCUUCUCCUAUGGGUCACCUGAAAACCGGCCCCUGGCCCCAACACUGACAUGCCACAAAAAGAACUUGGACUUAAACCUGGCAGUGGACAAUAAGGCCAGAGUCAACUCGGCAGGAAUGCCACAAGUCCUCCGUUGAGGAGGAGGCCAGUUUGACGCUUGUCUGUUAGACAUAAAGACAUAAAGAUGCACAAGGUCACAGUAAACAGUAGGUGGAACCUUGGAGAGGAACCCUGUGUUCUGUUGCUGUUACAGAUAUGGAUAAACAAUUACUGUAGGAGGCAUGUAUGGAUGACGGCUUAUUGUUAUGUGUCACUGUUUUGAGUCUGUGGUUUUUAGAAGGAAAAGCAAAGAAAAUGGAAAGUGCUUGAUGUGGAAACAAUAUUAUGAACGGACCUAGUUCCCCUGUGCAAUCUCUGUAGGAUCUUUUGAAUAGAUGGUCAAUGUCUCUUUUUACUAGAGAAGAAGCUAAUUAUAUUCCCAUAAUAAGCAUUCUAUAUCUACGGAUACAUUUCAACGAUGUUUCCAGAUCAUUCUCUAGAUAUGUUUUAAAAAAAAAAUAACACUAGACUUCAGUAAAACCAUAUUUUAUAACAGUAUGUUUCAGUAGAACUACCAAAAGCAAAAUAAAAACAGAAUUCCAUUUGUCUACACCAGUACAUACCUACAGUCACAGCAGAGAACUAGGUUUACUCACCUGCCUGAAAUUUGAGGUCUGUUUGAGGUCAAACAAAAUUCAAAAGAUAACAGCUUUUUGCACUGAUUGAUGGAUACUACUGGAUCAUACUUGUUUCUCAUGUCAAUUCAUAAAAUGCAACUUGUCCAUGAUGACACAAUAAAGAACCAUCUAUGUUACUGAAACAGCAAUAACCCUUUGUAUGCACGCCUCAGUGCAGAGAGUGUCCACUGCCAUAAUUGAUCGGGGAAUUAAUAAAAUGGGUUUAACACAACAA